AUGUCGUCCGCCUCGCGCUCCCUCCUACGAAGAACAGCUAAGUUCGCAGCCCCCCUCACGCGCCGCCCCAUUUCGAGCUUCAACAAGACACCACCAGCUGCCAACAAAGGCCCCGGCGCCAGCGAGCAGGCCAUGCCCCUCGGACCCUACUAUGAGGCCAUCAUCGUCGCGCCGCAGCCCAUCCCUGCCGUGAAGCCCGAGGAGCCCCCCACCUCCUCGCCCGAAUCUCCGCGUAGCACCACUAAGAAAACAACAGCCGCGGCACCAGAAAAAAAUCCAGGAGCAGAAAGAACAGUAGACACGUCCGCCGCGCCCGUCCCGACGCCCUCCUCGGAACCGAAGACAGCGCAGGAGAAAGCGAAAAUCAUAUUCGGGUCGGCAUUGGCCGGUCCCGCUGAGCGCGCAGAAAGGUUAAAGGCUAUCAAAGACAGGAGCACGUUAAUAGCUGGGGUCUUGGUGCCACCGCGGCCCGAGGAACCCGAUAACUGUUGUAUGAGCGGGUGCGUCAACUGCGUCUGGGACCGUUACAGGGACGAGGUCGAGGAGUGGGCAUUUGCGACUGCCAAGGCUGAGAGGACAUUGCAGAAGCAGCGCGCUCAAGGACCUGUCGAUGUGAUGGGGGGUGUGGGCGCUGUGAAGGGGCAAGAGCUUUUGAAGGGACCGGGCGCUGCUAUGUCGUCUGCUGUUAAUGAAGCGCUGAGUAUGGACGACGAUGGAGGUGGUAGUGAUACUAAUUGGGAUGUUAAUGAGGUCCCGGAUGCGAAGAUAUCGAAGAACCUCUGGGAUGAAGAUUUAUACAAAGGUGUGCCUGUGGGCAUCCGCGAGUUCAUGCGGACGGAGAAGAAGUUGAAGAAUAGGCAUGCGCAGGAAGACUCGGUGGGUGGGUAG